AUGUUUGGUGAUGGUACCCAUUACAAGCUGGAAAAUACCGUCAAGAGAGCAGUCACCCAUUACACCAAAUUAAUCGAUGCCAAUUACCACAAGCUUAACUUCACGAUCGCUAAUUCAAUCUCCCAAGGAGUCACUGUCGAUUGCUCUGCAUUAACGCGUAAAUUUAAAUCUGAUUGGAAUCUUAAUCCUUCCAACUACGUGCCACCACUUUAUACUGUUGUUCAUCAACACUCAACUACUUUUAAUUUGGAGCUAUCUAUGUCUAAAACUUAUUAUUCAUUCGACUCGUUACUAAAAUGUAACGUUGAAUCACAAAAAGCAGAACAAUCAGGUUUAGUAAUCAAGAAUGGAGGUAUCAAUGACUUGUUUGUUAUUAUAUCGAAAUACGGUGGCGAUACAGGUGUCGGUUGCCCAAAUUUUAUAAAAUUGAAACACAUUCCAACAGGUCAAAAAAGAAAAUUGGAACCUCUGGAAGUGACAGGUGCUUUGUGUGUCACAAUCUCCAAAAUGUCUAACAAUCAAUACCUUUUCAAAACAAUCGAGCUUCCAAGUCAAAACCAUAAUGUAUAUACCGAAUAUCGGUGUGAACAUCCAUCUCUUCAAAAUAGAGCAACCAAUGAAAUUCAAGUUUUGAAAACAAUGUCCCGCAGUAAUACUCAAAUAUUAAAACUGUUAUUCGAUUACCACAGCAAUGACAAAUCAGUCUAUUCAACAAUAACAGAGUUUGGUAACAUGGAUAUCCAUCAACUGUGUGAUUUAUAUCAAAGUAACUAUAUAUCCGAGCCAAAGAAAAGUAAAUAUAUAUCCGAGCCAGAGAAAAUUAAAUAUAUACCCGAGCAAGAGAUAUGGCUUUGUCUCAAACAACUCUUAGUUCUUCGGAAAGAAAUGGAGAUUAACCAAAUUGUACAUUGCGAAAUAAAUGGAUCCAGUGUAUUUGUUAAGCAACAGUAUACAAAUAGUUUACAGCUUUCUUUGGGCAACUUUCAUAAGUCUAUCUUCAUUGCCAAGAACAAUGGAGCUGAAUCAUCAUUGAGUAAUGGCUGUGAAAGCGAGAAUGGUGAAGCUGAAGGUGGCAAUAGCAAUAAUAAUGUUUUAGAUAAAGAAAAUAUAUCUAGAAUGAAAGGUCAUGAUGGAGAGAGUGAUAUUGUGGGAAUUGGAAAGGUUAUUCAAUUGUUAUUGUCAUGUAACAUAGAUGAUGAAAUUAAUUUUAAUAAAUUAUUCAAUGACAAGAAUACUACUAGAAUUUCACACGAGGGAUAUUCACAGGAGUUAAUUUUAUUCGUCAAAGAUUAUCUGCUGGGCGCCAAACGAGAGGAUAUUGACACUCUUCUCUCGAUCUUGGAUGAACACCUUCGAAAAAAACAAUUUACAAUAUUCUAUAAUAGCUCAUCUCCUUUUACAUUCCAAAGUGAUAUGUAUAUAACAGUUUUGGUACUCGGUGAUCACUUUGACCAAGAAUUAGGAGUACUACCGAUAACACUCCAAUCUAUCAAAUUAGGAAAUAGAUUCAACCGACCUAUUCGAUCAGGUUUACCACACACUUUAAAACAAAUAGAAUUUGGUGAUCAGUUCAACCAGCGAUUGGAAGUUAAUGUUAUACCGGAAUCAGUCACCACCAUCAUAUUUGGAAAGGAGUUCAAUCAGAGUUUGCAAGCGGGUGUCUUAUCAAGCCAAUUGAAAGUAUUGAUUUUCGGUGAUAGAUUCAAUCAGGUAUUGAAGCCAGGUGAUCUUCCACCAAAUUUGGAGAAAUUGAAAUUCGGUAACGAUUUCAAUCAACCAUUGGGACCAGGUGUAAUUCCAUCAAGUCUACAGAAGUUGCAAUUAGGAUACAGUUUCAAUCAAAAGAUCCAAGCCGAUACACUGUCAGACAAUAUUCAUACUCUUACAUUUGGAGAGUGUUUCCAAGGGGAGAUCGAAAAUCUACCAAAGGGAAUAGCUACACUUGAGGUCCCAAGUAGUUACAGUCAGAAUCUUCCAAUGGAAGAGUUACCAAACCUUACAACAUUGAAAGGAGUUAGUCAAUGGAUUAAAAUUCCAGAAUCUGUCACGAGCUUGACAUUUGGAAGACAUUUCAACCAACCUAUAUUGGUAGGAAUGCUACCAAGGAGCCUUGUUUGUCUGGAGUUUGGUUCGGAUUUCAAUAGUAAAAUAUAUCGACGUGCAAUACCUAAUAGUUUACGCACCUUGAUAUUUGGUUAUUCUUUCAACCAACCGAUUAAGAAGUUACCAUCCGGCAUUGAAGUAUUGACAUUUGGCGAUUCUUUCAACCAACCAAUCGAUGGCAGAGUACUUACGAAAACAAUGAAAUCAUUAUCAUUAGGAUUGCAGUAUAAACAACUACUUCCUACACUUCCAUCAUCUACACAGACAGUUCAGCUUAGUGAUGGAUAUCCUCACCAUAUUCAUUCAUCAACAACUACACCAAAUCUUACUUCUUUCAAAAUUGGAGAAAAAGAGUACAUCAACUAUAUCCGAGCAUUAAACCAAAACAAAAUCGAAUAUCAUUUCCCAGACAAUUCAGAUAAAAAAUUUACAAUAUUACAAUUACAAUAUCACAAAACCAAUCCAAGUAGUAAGGUAUUCACCAUCGUCAACAAUACCUGUACCGAUUUUAUAGUUUAUAUUCGAUACAAGAACAAUACCAAACAACUAGAUUCCGUAAAUCAUUAUUUAUCCAAUCACCUUCAUAACAAAGUAACAUUACACCCACAACAAUAUAGUUCCAUCGACCAAAUCAUAAUCAUGAAAUUCACCAACAAAAUAUUGAUUUCCAAUAUUUUUAAUAUUCAAGAGUCAGAACCAUGCGAAAUUACUCUUUCAGUUAAACAUUCAUUCUCAUUCAACAUUUACAAUCAAACUCCUUUAAUGUUUCCAGUGCAUUAUAUCUUGAGUCCCGAAGAACUCGAACAUAUAAAAGAAAAAAACUCAUCAAUUGGUAAUUACGUUUGUAAAACUAUGACUAAACAUUUAGGUCAAGCAUUUGAAGAAAUCAAAGCUCUAAAAUCAGUGAUCGGUAACAGUCAUUUCGUUCAAUAUGUAACUCAUGAGAAUGAGAAUAAUGAGAAUAAUAAAUAUCAAUUCUCAGAGAAAAAGAUUUGGUCAUAUGCAUCACAGAUGGUAACCUUUGUUCAAGAGUUGGAUGCCAAGGGAAUCUUGCACGGUGAUAUCAAACCUGGUAAUAUCCUUUUAGAAAAUAACAAAUUAGUGUUAGGUGACUUGGGUAGCAAUAUAAUAACCAAUAAAAUCCAAGAUGGUGCCAAUUUAAAUAAUGAUCCUGCUUUGGUGAAUGCUCUAAAACUUGCACCAAGAGGAACUCAAGGUUUCAAAGCACCAGAAACCAAUAAUGUAGAUAUAGGAAAUAGAAUCUAUACAAUUGCAAGUGAUUUUUAUUCAAUUGGUUCAUCUUUACACUUACUUAUGACAACCUUCGGCAUAGAUGACAAACAAUAUCGCAUUGCAUUUUUGAAAGAUCCUAACAAGGUUCAAAUAUCAAGUAGAUACUCUACUGACCUGAUUAUUUUUAUUCGAAAAUUACUUUCAAUUGAUCCUGAAGUAAGGGGUGACAUUGAAACUUUUCAAAAAGCCAUACCAAGUCACGCUAAAAUCGGAUCUAAUAAAUAA